AUGAGUCUUUCCAGCGAAGAUCAGCGAGAAUUCAGUACACGUAGGAUUAUACGGAUCGCCAAAGACAAGCUGCUUAAAUAUGGACCCUCGGAAGACAUAGAGCUUGAGGCUGAGAAUAUGCGUUAUAUCGCCGAAAGCACAACCAUUCCGAUUCCCCGCAUUCAUGAGAUCCAGACCCACGAUGACAACAUCAAGUCUAUUUCGAUGGACUAUAUCGAAGGUCAAACGCUGCAAGAUGCUUGGCCUAGUAUGAUCCCAUCGCAGAAGAUGUUGGUCGCGCAGGAGCUGCAUGGGUAUAUAUCUCAACUCCGAGCACUGAGUCCCGAAUAUCUGGGAUCUUCGGGCGACGGGAAGAUAUAUAUGCGACAUCCAGCUUCCUUUGAUGAAUAUCUGCUUUCCCGAAUGGCGACAUCAGUUCCUGGUUCGGAGCGAGAUUAUAUACCCGCUAAACGGUUAGGGGGCCGUAUGGUUUUCACGCAUGGUGAUUUGGCACCGAGAAAUAUUCUGGUUGACGACCAUGGUCAUGUCACAGCCAUUUUAGACUGGGAGUUUGCAGGCUGGCAUCCGGAGUGGUGGGAAACUGUGAGGGCGUAUACCUUCUGCAACGAUGUUCCUGGUUGGACUGCUUAUUUGUCGGCGAUCUUUCCGCCGGAUCAUGCGACGGAGUAUAUGGCUGUAGCCUUUGCUCGACAUAUGUCACGAUGA